CCUGUCGCCAACAACCAACACCCACGACCCAACGGCCAUCGCCCUGCCGGCUGCCUUCGCUCCUCGAUCGCACCGAUCUGUCGCCCAGACAUCCCGCCGCUCGCCACCAGUCUGACCCUCGCUAUCGCCUGCCACCAUGCCGAUUAUGAAGUUCAGAGGAGCAAACCUGCUCAAGCCCACCAAGCCCAAGGUCCACCCCAAAGAUCGUCUCAAGCAGUGGCCCAUCUACGUUGGCGACACGGUCGAAGUCAUUGGCGGAAUGAAAGACCUGGGCAAGCAAGGCAAGAUCAUCAAGGUUCUCGAGAGAGACAAUGCCGUCCUGGUGGAAGGCUGCAAGCUGGUCAUCAAGCACGUCAAGCCCAACCCCGGAUAUCCCGAGGGUGGCCGAGUGCAGAUGGAGUCGCCCAUCUCGUACAAGGACGUUGCCCUGCUUGAUCCCAUCCUGAACAAACCCACGGACGUCAAAAUGGUUCUGAUUCACAACCCCGCCAAGGGCCGCACUGAGUGGCAGCGCGAGACCCUGGCCUCCCAGAGUCUGAUUCCCAUCCCCGACAAGAACCCUUGGGAUGGUCAGAAAGACGGCUCGCUAGAUUCGCUGCAGGAAAUCACCAACAAAGUCACAUGGAUGCCUACUAUCGCCGGCCCGCCCUUCCCGACCUCGCUCAUGAACCAGCUCUACAGACUCAAGCGACAAAACAAGGAGAACCAUGGUCUAUAGUGG